AUGUCAGAGCCAACAUCAGCAACCAAAAUAUGCAGAGUUGAUAUUAAAACAAAACCAUGGAGACUGUAUAGAGCCUUGCACAACAUUUGGGGAAAUUAAAGAUCAAUCUCGAGUGGAUAAUAGUUCAACGAGAAGACAAAACAAACAGGUAUGUGUGCAGUUCCUAGCCUACCUGGACAGAUCAGAGGGAGGUAACCCAGGCACAGAGUACAGGUGACACACCUUGUACUGACCACAGCCUACCCAACCAUACCUUAUCUUCUAAUUACUCCAUCUCCCCUGAACCGCCCAGGCAUCCUACGCCAGUCCACAUAGCCAGUGUUGACUUAGCUCUCAGCACAAUGAGUUAUUAAAUAAUUUUAUGAAAAUCAUAGAGCUUAUCAAAAUCUGUUGUUAAAGGUGCAAAACAAUGGUCAAUCCCAGGUGUGUUGUAGCAGGUAGUUACACUGGACUGGACAACAGCCCGGGAAACAUCACUUGACAGACACUGGACUGCAUGGUCAAGGGUCACCUGACUAGCACUAACGGCAGUGUAGGACUGGACCAGGUGUACCCAACCAAUACCCAGGACAGUACAGAAAAACUGAACAGGAAUCCUCCUACAAAGACAGAUGUUCAGCUUCCUGAUGUCAGUACUGACUGGAGACUGUAUUGGAAUGACUCCGGCCUUGUUAAUGGUAGAUGUGACUCUAAUUUUGAAUCUGUGUUUUCAGUGUUUGUCUGAACAAGGUCCUGAUCAAGAAGAGAAAUAUUAAACCACAGAACAGGUCGAAAACUUACACCAGUAAAAAUAUCUUAUCCUUCUUCUGGGAAUUAAAUUAAGAUUUUUUGAGAUAAGAUUCUCCAAUUGUAUAUGUUAGUAUGUGAAGGGAUUCCAUUUGAAGACUGGAUAACAUGACAGCCAUUCUGACCAAUAUAACAACUCUUAUAAGUACGGUGAUGACAACGGAAAUGACCAGUACAAAUACACUGACCGCUGGUGACUAUGAAAAAAUAUUUUUUCGGAUAAAGCUGUGGAAGAUUUGCCAUGGAUACAUCAUGUUCAUCCUGAUCAUUCUGGGAGUAGCGGCCAACAUUCUGGCAUUUAUCAUCCUGUCGCAAAAGUCAGUGAGGAGAACGACCAUCGCAGUUUACCUCCGUGCCUUGUCACUGGCCGACACGUUCGUGCUCAUCACGGCUUUUUUCCGCUACAACACCUACAAGCUGUUUCUGACAGAGGCCCAAGACACAUACAGUGUCCUACACUUCAGUGCCUACCUCGAUGCCUACAUCAAACCGUUUCAUUGGAUAUCCCUAGGUGUGUCCAGCUUUGUGACCUUGACCUUGUCCAUAGAGAGGUUUCUGGCUAUUAGGUAUCCGCUCACCAUCAAGAGGUCGUGCACUCCAUUCCUGGUGAGGGUGUGUAUAGUAGGAAUCAUUGUGAUCGUGGUCAUUCUCACCUCGCCCAUUUUUUUUUCAUUCCGAGUAAAGGAAUUCUCCUACACUAACACAUCCAGUGUCUACGUACAAGUGAUGACAAGGUUGGGGCGAGACACACUCUAUCCCUGCACCUAUCACAUCUACGUUAUUCCUCUUCUCUGGUACAUCCUUCCGUGGAUCCUCCUCGCCAUCCUCAACCUCCUCCUUUACCUCCAGGUCAGACGGUCGUCAAGGAUACGGGUCGGUCUGCCAAACAUCCCCAACCCGAACAGAAACCUCUCCAUUCUCAUCCUACUCAUCGUUAUUAUCUACAUGGUGUGCAACCUACCAAUAUCCAUCAUGGUCUUCUACAAGCUUGUAAAUCACAUGUCGGAGAAUGGACAGUGUAUUCAGGAAACAACUUCUCUAACAUCGACAACGUCUAAAGAGUUUGACAUCAUCAACGCCAUCACCGAGAUCUUGAACAUACUAAACAGCUGCCUCAACAUCGUUGUGUACUGUAUGGUGGGCACCAAGUUCAGGCGUCAGCUCCGUGACUUUUUAUUAUGUACAACUUGUAAGCCAGUCAACAAAGUCAGUCCACAGAAGGUGUUCACCACUGGGCGUGAAUCUAACACUGUAGUGGAGAGCGCAGGGUCCUCAUAGAUAGAAUGCAAAGAAAACUUGGUCCAUCAUACCAGCACAGGGAAGAGACAGCCUUCCCAUACACACAGGGACAUGGAUAAUUGUGGAGUAUCUUAUUUCUUAUGGACAAAGACAAUUGUUAAGAAUCAGGUCCCUCAUAGAUUAGAUACAGGACAACGUAUUGCUGUGAACAGUACAAGAUCUCCUAGAAACAGGGACAUGGAUAAUUGGGAACAAUCCUGGAUCUCUAGAACAUUGGUUAUUUUGAAUUAGCGGAUCUCAUACACACAGGGCUUUAGAUGAUUGUGUAGUCCUAGAUCCUCCAAACAUCAAAGACAUGGAUACUUGUGAGGUUCCAGAUUCCUCAUAGACACAGGGAAAUAUGGAUAACUGUUUUAGGUUCCUCAAACACAGGGACAUGAAUUGUUAACUAUCAGAUCCCUUAUAGACAUACAAUGUAUAGGGACAUUGUGAAGUUGCAGCCCUUCAUAGACACAGGGACAUGGAUAAUUGUCAAAUUAUUUUUGACCUUUUCUGUGAUUGGAUAGUAAUAUAUAUCUGUGCUAAGGUUUAUCAAGAUUUAUAGUUGUAGUGAUAUUUCUACUAAUCAUGUGCAAUUGUGAUACCUCUACCAACUGUGAUAUUGUAUCUUAUGUUUGUCCUGCUUUUCACUGUGUUUUAGUAUAUAGCUUGAAUUCAUUUUUGUACCAAAAUGUCUUAUCAACUCGGUUUUUGUUUUUAUCAACUAUACCGAUGUUUUAUGCCUAACUUUACAUAACAUAUUACACAUUACCAUGUACCUA